AUGCUCGCUUUAAGAAAUAGCUUGAUACGAAAUGUUUCAGCUCGCGUUUUACGACCUACUCUUCCCAUAACAGUUACCAAAAAACCUUUAAGUUAUUCCAAACCACUCAAUCAAGAAGUUGGUGAAGAAUAUACAGCUACUGGUACUAUUACACGUAGACCUUUGAAAAUACGCAGAGUAAAAAGGAUUGAUGAUUCAGUUGCCAAAGUUUCACGUCCAGCACCGUUUUGGGAAGCCAAAGCGGUUUUUGAAGAUGAAAUUUCGCCUCUUUCACUUAAUCACUUUGAAAAGAAAUUUUUAGUAAUGAUAUUCUAUCCUUUGGACUUUACUUUUGUAUGUCCUACCGAAUUGACAGCUUUCUCAGAUCGUAUUAAAGAAUUUAAAGAAAUUAACACUGAAGUAGUUGGAAUUUCAUGUGAUUCCGAACACACACAUUAUAAUUGGAAUAAAAUUCCACGAAAUCAGGGUGGUCUUGGAAAUCUCAAAUAUCCUCUAGUUUCUGAUUUUUCUAAGAGAAUUUCGGAAGAUUAUGGUGUUUUGUGUGAAGAUAAAUCGUUUCCUUUUAGAGGAACAAUUAUCAUCGACGAUAAAGGCAUUGUUCGUGUAAUUAAUAUUAAUGACACGCAAAUUGGACGCUCCGUAGAUGAAGUUUUACGUCUUGUUCAAGCUAUUCAAUUUGCGAAUCAAUAUGGUGAAGUUUGUCCAGCAAACUGGAAAAAAGGAGAUUCAACUAUUAUUCCUGAUCAAGAAAAAGCCAGAAGUUAUUUCUCUAAAUUGAAAUAA